GGUCGGUUGUAGUGGAAGUGGUCGGCCGAGUUCCAUUAUCAAAGGACAUGUUCGACUGGCUGUGAGUGGGUGUGUUUUGUCCACAUUUUUUGUUGUUGUUUUCUCCCUGCCCUUGAUGAGACGACGUUGGAUCGGGCCCGGCCAGUUUCACCAGCUUGACCAGCCAGCAGGGGCGAUGAGCAGUUGAUGCCAGAAGCGGACAUUGCUCAGCAAUGUUCCGACUCAGUUAAGGGAUGUCAACCAGGUCUCAGUUAACAAAGGAUUUAAACGAAAGCGUUACUGCUUUGCUUGGAAAGAGAAUAAAAAUCCUUUUGAAAAAUGUAGUGAAACUAGAGACGAAAGGGGAUAAAACUGAAAACCGUGUACUGGUCUUUUCACCAUGUCGAUUGUUCUUCCUAACAGCAAAGGUCCCUACGAGGAUCGAUUGCCACUUCCAUUAUUUAGAAAUUCGUGGGAUUGAAACAAGAAAAGAAAAUACUCUGAGCUUCCUUAUUAAUGAAAAAUGGUAUACGUUCGUUUGCCAGAAUGGGGAGGUGGAGACGAUGCUCCAUGCUCUAUGCGCCGCGCUACAAGUUAUUUUCCCAACAGUUCCUCUUCAGCAAAUCGUCGAUCGAGUCUCUGUCGAUGGGUUCGAGCAGAUAAUGAACACCUCGCCGAACCAGCUUCCGUGCGGUGCAUUCUCUACGCAGUAUGCCUGCAUGUGCGACUACCACAAUCUGCCUUACAGAGACGAGGUUGCAUGGGAUGUGGAUACAAUAUACGUAAGCCACAACACGAGGGAACUCUCGUUGAAAGAUUUCGACCACCUUGAGCCAAAGGAUAUGGUUCCAAUAAUAUCAGCUUUAGAGCACAACAGAUGGUUUACCGGGUUCCGUGCCGUAAACACAAAGCUGACGCACGAGGCAAUGGACAGGAUCCUGCACGUUGUGUCCAAGUCUGUCACCUUGGAAAAGCUGUAUUUACAAAAUCUUUCAUUGAAAACUGAUUUUGUUAAUCGUCUCUGCAUGUCUGUGACUUCCAACAACAACAUACAAUUGAAUACCAUAGAUCUCUCGAACAAUCCCAUGAUUGAAGACAAAGGUGUAAAUAGCCUUUGUGGAAUUUUAACAAAGUUAGUGCAAGAUGGCAAAGGGAUUUCACAUUUGAAUUUGAGCCACUGUGGCCUUACCACGAAAGGUGUGUCUCAGCUGACGCAGUGCCUGACCGCCCUUCGACCGCAAACCCUCACCUAUUUGAAUCUGAGCGGUUGCCUUAUUAAAGAAGACAUUGCUGGACUUUGUAGUCUUUUAGCUGAGCCGAAUGCUAUUACGCAUUUGGAUAUUUCUAAUACUGAAACAAUUUUAGAUACCGUUUUUGGCGCACUGCUCCGUGGUUGCUCAACAAGUCUGAUCCAUUUGAACUGUUCGAAAAACAGUUUUAUAGUCAAAAAGUCAAAAGAAAUGCCUCCGUCUUUCAAACAGUUUUUUACCAGCACUUUAUGUCUCAAGUACCUGAAUAUGAGUUACUGCAAAUUACCAAUGGAGGCGCUCAAAAAUUUGCUGUUGGGCCUGGCCUGCAACGAGUCGACUGCUGGCCUCGAGCUCGACCUGAGCUGCAACCAGCUCACAAGCCACGGCGCUCACAUUCUAGAAUCAUGCAUUCAUGGAGUGCGUGCGAUAUCAUCAUUAGAUAUAUCAGAUAAUGGAAUCGAGAGCGAACUAGGCGGAGUUGUAACUGCAGUAGGCCGUAAUAAAUCAAUCGUCGAGUUAAAAAUAUGUAAAAAUUUACUCGGAAUGAAGCCAAAACACAUUGCGCCUGUCAUGGACUCGAUAGUUCAUACAAUACAAGAGGACGACUGCGUAUUGGAAACACUGUCACUAGCCGACUGCCGUCUGAAGAAUGAAGUUCACAGCAUUAUUAACGCUCUUGGGAGCAACCAGUGUCUUAAAUCCUUAGAUAUAAGCGGCAACGGAAUGGGUGACCUGGGCGCCAGAUUACUGGCCAAAGCACUACAGACGAAUUGCAAACUGAAAAGCCUAUCGUUCGACAGAAAUAACAUCACACUUCAAGGAUACUCGGACAUUUCCUAUGCCAUGAAUAGCAAUUAUAGCAUCAUUUACAUGGGAUCAUUAUUGCAUGAUGUUUCAUCGUGUAUGAAAUUAUCCCCUGAAAAAACCGAAUCCGUUCUCAGUUCGAUCCAUAAAGCGCUUUACAGAAAUUCAACACCUGGCCACACCAAAGCUCUUCGAAGGCAGCAUAUGAAAUUGAAAGUUUGCGAAAACUUUCAGGGCGCCUUGGUCAACUAUGGGCAACAGACUCUGGAAAGGGCCAUCGCCCAGACCCAGGAAACAAUCAAAACGCUGUCCCAGACCAGCAACGACUAUGUCGCGCCAAUCAAUACAGCCACUGCGCUUAUCGAAGAUGCAGAUAAUGCAAAGCAGGUAUUUAGUAGGAUGCAAGAUAUCGCCGAAGGCGGUGAUAUCUCAUCAGUGGUUCAACAAAAGCUAACAUCUACAUCGCACGAGAUUGGAUCCCUCCUGCACAAGCACUUGCACAGUCGCAUUGAUGAAAUGAUUAUAUGCGCUGAAGAACUUUGUGGUACGACUGUAAUAAAUGAAAGGCUUAAAGUUGAACUCAAAGCUUCGGUGAUGCCGAAAAUCGCUGUCGAUCCCGGUUUCUUAUCCUCCUGUCUAGUCACACAACCGACAACUGAAAUUAAUUUAAAGGCUAGUGAAAUGGGACUCAUGGCGGCUACACACUUGGCUGAUAAAAUCACUGACGAGGUCACUGAUUUGCUCAAUAAAACUCAAACAUCACUUCUCGGUGGUAAAAGAAGUUCAACGCCCGAUGUACUUCGUACCAUGCCUAGGCAAUUCCCAGACCCUACACACCCUAUGGCGACACCUCAGCUGGUAAAUAAGAGAAAAAGCAUCCAUAGUUGGAAACUGAGACCGAACUCUGUCGUCGACACAUACAGCGCUGAGCACAUCCCUGACCUUCUUCCUUCGAUAUCGACGUCGCCUCAAGACUCACUCGACUCAGUCUGUGAAGGAGCCGGUCAAAGGCUACAGCACUUGGUGAAAGGAAGGCCGAAAAGGAUUAAAACAAGGGCACCAACACGGCCCAACCACAAUCCUCCUACGCUAGCGGAUUCGGAAGAUUUCGACUCAACAGACAAUCAGAGUACAACUAGUGAUCUGAGCAGUAGUGUUGCUAAACCGAGACCAUGGUCUACAAUAGGGGCUGAAAAAUCAGAAUUAGGCAGUGAAACGUCGACGGCGGCGAACACUCCAGAUUCGGCCGAGACCCUUUCUAUUAUGUCGACAGAUGGUGACAAGAGGUCCGUCAGGGACAUAGCGGCCAGCCUGAACAAACAAGUAGGCGAAACGGACGCUAAAGCUGCAACUUGAACUUAUGAAUUGAUUUUACCUUCCAUCCGACGAAACACGUAGCCUUAGUUCUGCCCUAUUUCCUUUUAUUUUAAACAAUAAUCGAGACACUUUAAUUUUUUUUACAAUGUAUUUUAUUAUAUGCAAUAUUAAUCGUCAUUUUUAUUAUUAUUAUAAACAAGAAAAACCCCUUGCGAAAACAGCGCUUUUAGUGUUAAAUUAUCAACUAUGAUUUGUGCAAAUAUUGUAUCUAAUUUUAAAUUUCUACUCUAAAUAUUUAGUUAUUUAUUUUGAUAUUUUAUUAUCUGUUAUGUUUUUCUUUCUAUUUUUUUUAGACAUUUGUUGCUUUAACGUGUGCCAAAAGUGUUUGAUUUUUACACGGCGCAUAUUGACAUUUAAAAUAAUAAAUCACUACUUAAAUGCCUCACAUUCCCAAUUUAAACUAAUUAUAAUUAAUUUAAGUUCGUCUAGUUAAAACAAGAAAAGAAGUUUUAAUUGUAAAAAAACAAAGUUAUUCCAAUGUGUAUUUGUGUCAAAUACUGAACAAAUAAGAGUAACAACGUACUAAUAUUAGUUGCGUUCUGAUAUUUAAUUAAUUAUAAUUUUGUAAUGGCAGUCAAAUAAAUAACAAUCAAAUAGUU